AUGCGUUUCUACUAUAUCGCUCUAGCUGUUGCUUCUGCUUUAUGUACAAGCACUGAUGGUUUUGAGGCUGGCUCCUAUUCUGCUGGACAAGCUUCGCUGAGAACGGCCCAGCAGGAAGACGAUAUAGGCAUGUCGCGUUUCCUCAUUGGUGAAAGUGCGAAUGUAGUAUCUGAAGACCGUCGAAUUGAUAGCGAGUACGGUGACGAGGUCGAUGAAAAUGGUUACGAAGAGAGAUCGUCAAAGAAUAAGAAAAAAGGAAAGAAUAAGUUCAGCCGUUUUACGAGCUUGAUCGGGAAGAAGAAACAUAAAAAGGAAGAAGACUCGGGAAGUGGAUCGUCGGAGGAACACCACCGUCGUCAUCGUCGCAAACAUCGUCGUACCAUCGUCACCAUGGUUUUUUUUUCUAAGACACCACUACGCCGUUAG